CAUUUUUUUGCUAAUGUGAUUCUUGUUUCAACAACAAAAAGAAAAAAAAAUUCUCAAAAUUUUUCAUUUAAAAAACUUUGAUAUCAAACCAUUAUUCGAAUUUGAAUCGAUGCUAAUAAUACAAAAAAAAUGUCGAAUAAUAUUGUUCCAAUCGAACAACCAAAAAGUCAAAAACCAUCAAAUAGUGCAUUCAAGCAACAAAAAUUAUCUGCUUGGCAGCCAAUUUUUACCGUUGGAACUGUAUUACCUACAUUCUUUUUAAUUGGCGUUGCAUUCAUACCUGUCGGCAUUGGUCUAUUGAUCUCAUCAUAUCAAGUACAAGAAUUAGAAAUUGAUUAUACAUCAUGUGAAAGACGUGCUAUUAAUACAAUACCACAAAUUAUUGACAAUUCAACUGCAACAUCAACACUUUGUUCGGAAUUUCUUGCUAAAAAUCCAAAUGGUAAUUGUAGCUGUUUAAUAGAUCUUGAACUUGAUGCCGAUUAUCGUCGUGAUGUAUUCCUUUAUUAUGGCCUAACGAAUUUCUAUCAAAAUCAUCGACGUUAUGUAAAAUCACGUGAUGAUUAUCAACUUUUGGGUCAUUUACGUGCUGGACGUGAAUGUUCACCAUUCGCUCAUCGUAUCGAUCCAAUGGAUGGAAUAUUAAAGCCAGUUAUGCCAUGUGGUGCUAUUGCCAAUAGCUUAUUCAAUGAUACAUUUCAAUUGGAACGUCUUGUUGUUGAUGCAAGCAAUAAUCCAGCAUAUAAUGAAGUACCAUUAAUUAAAACGGGAAUAGCAUGGGCAACUGAUAAGAAUAAAUUCAAAAAUCCACCCAUACCAAAAGGAUCGAAUAGUUUAGCACCUGCUUAUAAUGGUACGGUUCAUCCAAUCAAUUGGCCACGCAAUGUUUAUGAUCUAGAUCCAAGUGAUCCAAAUGAUAAUGGAUUACAGAAUGAAGGUUUCAUUGUAUGGAUGCGAACAGCAGCAUUUCCAACGUUCCGUAAAUUGUAUGCGAGAAUUCGACACGAUAUCAAUGAAAAGGAUGUCAGUUAUCAGGAAGGAUUACCUAAAGGCAAAUAUCGAUUGCAUAUCCAAUACAAUUUUCCUGUUGCCGGAUUUAAGGGUAAAAAACGAUUCAUUAUAUCGAAUACAUCGUGGCUUGGUGGCCGUAAUCCAUUCAUUGGUGCCGUUUACAUAUUGGUUGGCAUGACAGCAUUAUUGUUAUCCGGGUUAUUUCUUUUAAUCCAUAAGAAAUUUGGUCCAAGUUCUGUAGACAAUCUAAACAUUACAUCACAGACACCGUUCUUGAAUUGAUGGCUGCCGAUAUUGAUGAGCAUAACUUGUCUACUACACAUCAUUAUUAUUAUCACCAACCAAAUUCAUUUUAUAAAUCAUUGUCAUAUAUAAUUCUAAAUCUUGUUGUAUUAAUCGUCCAUUUAUUAUUGACACGUAUUGGAUAUAUAUCAUUCUUAUUUUGUUUUUCUGUUGUUAAAAUUAAAAAAAAUAUUUAAUGAAAUAAAAUUAAAAUUAUUAUUGAUAUUGAUA